AUGGAGGAUGAUAUGUUCCGCAUAGCUGCAAUACUUGAUCCUCGCUUCCGUAUGACAUGGGCAUCAGCAUCUGAUGUUUCAAGUUUGACUGAUAUUCUGGUUACAGAAGGACUAAGGUUUCAAGAAAUUGAUGAAGUACAAUCACCUUCUUCCAAGGUUCUCAAACUAGAGGAAGACAGUAUUUUCAGUUUUCUAACCCCAACCAAGAGACGGCAUAGAUCAGGGGCAGAUCCAAUUUCUCUAGAAGUGAAAGCAUAUUUAAAUGAGGACAAUGAGCAUUUAUCUGUAAAUCCUAUAGAUUAUUGGAAGAAUAGUGAAAGUGAUUACCCCAUACUCGCCAAAAUGGCAAAACAUUACUUAGCCAUACUUGCAUCAUCGGUCCCUGUAGAGCGUUUGUUUAGUGUUGCGGAGGCAAGUUUGAGUAAUUAA